AAAGAUUAUAAAAUAAUUUCCGUGAAGGGAAUGAGUAUUGAUAUUUUUCUACUUCUUUUCUCUUUUAUUUUCACUCCCCUCUUAUUUUACAAUUUGGUAAAAAUGAAGGAGCACAAGUUGCAUUCCAGAAAUUAGAAAAGAAAUAAAGAAAAAUUGCGUGAGCUACCGUAGCGAAUCGUGUCUCCGAAAGUAGAAAAUAAAAUUGUUACUGUUGGGCCAGCGUGUAACUGCAACAUCCACGCAGAAUGCUUUACGACAAGAAGGAUGGCUGGGGAUGAAAGUGCAACGAGGCGAUGCAACAGGUUCAGAAGAAGGUGGGGUAGCGCAGGCGUGAAAGUCUUUGGUUUCACUUGUAUUCGAAGAGAGCUAGCUGUCGGUAGUAGAAGAGGAGUAGGAGGAGUCGAACGGAUCCAGAAGCGAAAUCGUGCUCGUGCCGCGCACAAUGCGUCUCCUCGACCGACCGGAAACGGAUAAUCUCGAUAUCGUUACGAACACGACGCGAACGAACAGAAGUUAAACCUUCGAGACCGCCAAGUGUGUAGUUUUAUGGUGUUUUCGUGUGACUGACAGAUUCUGUUCUUUUUCUCGGUCUACAGUAUCACGUAGUAACGACUAUCUGAAUAAAGAGAGUGUUCAAAAUUACCCUAGAAAAUUCCAUUGAAUAGCGAAAACUAAACACAGCGACUUCUUCAAAAAUUCCUAUCCAAAAUUCUUUCUCGUUUAAUAAUAAGGACAAAGUACAGACUGGCCGAGAUACAGGCCGAAAAGAAGAAGCCAGAAUUUCUCCACAUAUACCACCGAAAAUUCUGUUCAAAUACAAAGACAAAAUACUGAAGAAACUGAAAGGAAGAAAGCAAAAGAUAAGAAUGCCGGUAGAGUCGUCAAUAUAUUGGGAUUCGAUCGGUUCUCAGCGUUCUACUUCCGUUGGUAGCUCCGGGGAUGCAUACAGCUCUGGAAGUGCCAGCAGACACUAUGUCGACCCGUGGGAUUUGGAGAAUUAUGUGUACCUACGUCGACAUAGUGUCGCCAAUCUGGCGCAACAGAUGCCGCUACAUCAUCGUCGACCCACCUAUCGGUUAUCCCAAGAGGCAACCCCUGCUCAAUCUGAAUACUGGUACUCGUCGUCGGUGAGAGAACCUGGCUACGACGCGCCUGCUUUCGUGGAAGAAUUGUAUUGUGGACCAGCCAGACUCACGAACAAUAGUUGCUACUAUCAUCAGCCAAUCUACGAGGACGAAGUACCGGAUUACGUCGCCCCUUUUCCGGUCUACGCGCCUCUCUCCGAAGCGAGACACGGUGAAUUCAUGGAAGACCAUAGGCGAUUUGGACACAAAUACAAGUCUACGUCUAUGAGAGAGCUUCAUAGAUCUAUGAGCGUCGACGCUAACCUUCCGCCAAUGGAUUCUAUAGAAUUAGAUAUGCCAGAUUAUCGUUCUCAGCAAGAAUACACAUCGAUGGAACAAGAGAAAUACAUGGUAGAAAUUAUUCCACCACCUCAUUUGGACCUAAACACAUAUGGACAUCUAAAAAUCGAUUACACGAACAGCUGGAAUUCUUUGAAUCGAAAAAUCCGAAAAUAAUUGCCAAUAAGAUUUUUCUUUUCAAAGAAAGCAUUAAAUUAUUCUUCAGAUAUACUAAUAUAUUGAUACUUAGUGAUAUCGCCAAUUAUUUAUGUAAUAUACUACAAGUAUGUACGAUUUAAGAAACUUAAAAUCGAACCAAAAAUUAUUCAUAGUUUAAUUUACUCGAGUAUACGAAAAUCAGAAGCUAACUUUUCAUUUACUAUAAAUACAGUAAAUUAAUCUAUUUUAUAUGAGUCGUAGUAUAGUUGCGUCUCGUAUGAGAAAUAAUAAAUGCUAAAUACC